AUGGAUAAACUCAGGAAUGGACUGCUGCGCGUGAAACAGAAGCUGCGUGGCCAGGGAAACCCCACCGUCAACAAAAUCCGACGUCAGCGCGCUCUGCGGGAACGCGUAUGGAAGGGCUUGCCAUACAUAAGGCUGCUGCUCCUUACCGUUGGAUACCUUUGGCUUCUCGUGAUACCCUCUUCUCAGCUGGGCCAAGGUACGUACAUUGACGAGAAUGCAUUGCAACCUGGCCAGGUUAACACGUACUGGAGCUGGGGAGACGUACAUCGUGCGGACACCAUCCUUGCCGACCUAGAACAACUGCGCGACCGGAACGCCAGUAGCGAUGAGAUUGCACAGUAUGCCGUCGCCGAGUUCGAGAAGUAUGGAAUCCCCGCACGGACGCAGCAAUAUUCAUUUACUACGGCCGCAGAAACUAUAAACGGCACGAAUGCCUACGCUUUACUUUCGUCUCCUCGAGCCUCGGGAACCGAGACGAUCGUCAUCAGUGCUUCAUGGCUGAGCCGAACUGGGGAAGGCGACGGAACGCUUAACCUACGUGGCGUUGCUACAGUCCUUGCCAUAUCUAGCUAUCUGAAGAAGUAUUCAUUGUGGGCGAAAGACCUGGUGUUCGUCAUCAGCGACGGUUACCUAGAUGGCAUGCAAGCGUGGAUUACCACCUACCAUGGGGAAACUCAGCCGAACCUCAAAGCCGAACCAAUCACCCUCGAAUCUGGUGUCAUAUGGACCGCAUUGAACAUCGACUACCCGGGGCAUUCCUUCUCUCACCUUGGCUUCUUCUUCGAGGGCCUCAACGGGAGACUACCAAACCAGGACCUCAUGAACUCCGUCUCGCUGAUAUCUCGCUAUACCGCCGGUGUCCCCGUGGUAGUGUACGACCACAUCGACCCCAGAGAGGAUCGCAAUCAACCCAGCUUGCUCCCGUCAUGGCUCCCCGCAGUGCUGACACAAAACGCCGAGGUUCAAGAAUAUGCCGCACGGGCCAGAAACGUGCGUAGGCAUAUGAACUAUCAAGCUCGAGGGGCGGCAAGCGGCGUGCAUGGGCUGUUCCAUCAGUUCCGCAUCGACGCCUUCACCCUGUUUGCCGUUCCUGCCACCGGCCCCCAUGGUUUCCAUGCUAUCGGACGGGUCCUGGAAUCCUCCUUGCGGACGUGCAACAACCUGCUCGAACGCCUACACGCCUCGUUCUUCUUCUACCUCCUCGUCGCGCCUGGCACCUUCAUGAAGAUCGGGAGCUACCUGCCGAGCGCCGUUCUGGUCGGCACCGCCAUGCUCUUCACCGGUCUCGGGGAGUGGGUCAACGCUGGUUGGACGUACUCUCCAGCAGAUCUGCUCGCGGCUGCCGACACUAAGGACGAGAAGGCUGCGUCGCAAGACGCAGAGAAAAAAUGGCGAAGACGGCACAGGCCCGUCCUGCAGCCAGUGGUGAUCAUGGCGCUCACACACUUGCUCGGCGCGCUGCUCUUCGUGCCAAUCAGCAGCUCCUGGUACGCGGCUCACCCAUCUAUAACCGCCCCCCUCCUCGUCGCACUCUUCGCCACGAUCCCCCUCGCAGCACAGGCCCUCCCGCGCGCCCCGCCCACGCACGCCUCCGUGCCCGCCGUGCUCAAGGCUUUCAACCUCUGCUUCGCGUCCGCGCUCGUCUCCAUCACCUCCGUGCUCAACUUCUCCCUCGCCGCCGCGCUCGCCGUCGCGCUCGGGCUCCCGCUCUCCCUAUCCUCUUCCUCCGCGUCGCCGAAAUCGUCGCUGUCCGGGAGGCUGGCGAAGUACGCGGGGUACGGCGCGCUCGGGCUGGGCUGGCUCGUGCUGUACCCGCGGGAGGUGCGGGAGGCGGUGUGGCGGUGGGAGGUGCUCGGGGUGUGGUUUGUGCCGUUUGUGUGUGUUGUGUAUGUGCCGCUUGUGUUGCAGGCGGGGUUGGUGUGUUUUCUGCCGCGGUGA